AUGGAGGCAGCUCCAGCGCACUCAUUCCCUCCACUCCCUGCCUCCUCGUGCCGUUGCCCAUGGCAGGUGGAGGAGCGCAUCAAAGAGGGUCCCAAGAACGCAUUGGACCCAUACCUAGCAGCGAUAGCCCGGCUGCACGAGGGCGUUGCGUACUUUGAGGCAAACCGGUCGUUCAAGAGCGCGGAGGCAGCUCUGGCUCACUCCAAGGCGCUGCUGCUGAAGGCGUGGCGUGGCGUGGAGGAGCGCAUUAAAGAGGGUCCCAAAAACGCCCUGGACCCAUACCUAGCAGCGAUAGCCCGGCUGCACGAGGGCGUGGCGUACUUUGAGGCAAACCGGUCGUUCAAGAGCGCGGAGGCAGCUCUGGCUCACUCCGAGGCGCUGCUGCUGAGGGCGUGGCGUGGCGUGCUUGGAGCCUUCAGCUCAGCAGCGCGCUGUGCAAUCAAUCAUCACAAGCCCUUUGCCCUCUUGUUCCUCUCACUUUGCGCUGGCAGCCUGCAGCUCAGCAUCGCGCUGUGCAAUCAAUCAUCACAAGCCCUUUGCCCCCUUGUUCCUCUCACUUUGCGCUGGCAGGUGGAGGAGCGCAUUAAAGAGGGUCCCAAAAACGCCCUGGACCCAUACCUAGCAGCGAUAGCCCGGCUGCACGAGGGCGCGGCGUACUUUGAGGCCAACCGCUCGUUCAAGAGCGCGGAGGCAGCUCUGGCUCACUCCAAGGCGCUGCUGCGGGAGGGCCACCACCGCCUGGAGGAUGCUCUUCGGCAGCAAUUGUUGCAGUUCGCGUGA